UUUAAACCGGGAAAUGAUUAAUUCGGGGCAUAAAUGUGGGGUUAUAACAACUAACAGCUUCGGUUAAAGCUUUAUUUUGUUGACACGUUGUCGUAUCUGCACAUAGUUUGGCUGAAACUACUCAGAAGGAGAAGUCUGCCAUUGCUGACGUGUAGACCAGAUAAGCUCUCUGCAUAAAGAUGAGCUACCAAACCGCAAGAUACGGUAGCCGCCUGCAUUUCCAAAAAUGAACAGCGCUGCGUGAGAGGUUAGUUUGCAGUCCGUCCUUCGUCCGUGCUCAGGCGCUCAACAUGUCAGCGCAAGGUGCUUCCAGCUGGUUGUGGGCCAGCGUGGUGCUCCUGCUGUGCCUGUGUGGAGCACUGCCUGCAGCCUCCCACACAAACUACUACGACACUCUCGGUGUUGAGACAACAGCAACGGACAACCAGAUAAAAAAGGCUUUCCGCAAGCUGGCCAUGAAGUACCACCCUGAUAAGAACAAGAGCGUCGAUGCAGAGGAGACUUUUAGGGACAUUACUGAAGCCUACACCGUGCUCUCCAACAAGGAGAGGAGGAGGCUGUAUGACAGCGUGGGCCACGAAGCUUUCCUAAACAAUGAGGCCUCUGUCGAAGAGCCCGACGAUGUGCACGAGGCAAACUUCCACUUCAGUUACUCAGACUUCCUCCAUGACUUCCACGAUGACAGUCCCUUUAUGGAGGAGCCACACUUCUACUGGAGCUCUGAUCAGGAAGUGGAGUAUGAGGACGUCCAGUACAGCCAUUACAGUUUUGAGGGGCCGGCCUUCAGCUUUCAUUUUGGGGAUGCAGAUGAAAUUGAGGAAGAGUACCAUUACUAGAUAUCUUUUUACUCUACUGUAACCAGUGUGACUGUGCUUUAAUGUAUUUUCUUUUGUUCAUAAUAAAGGCUUAAUGGUUUUAA